CGGUACCGUUCAAUCGUCGCUCGAACCUGGUGCAGUGCGGAACGCAUUUUAUCGACCUCGAACCUCGAGUCGCGUUUUUCGUGCGGAGAUCCUUUGGUGUAUCGCGCGCGCGCGCUUUUGUACUUAUCUCUCGUGACACGUGAUCGUGUUGUGUUUUUCGGUUAUUGCUAGGCUUUUGUUAAGGCGACUACCACGCGACGGCCGAAGAGAGAUCGAUCGCGUUCAAGCUUUUUCUCCGUGCGUUUCGAUUUGAUUGAGUUGGAGUGUAUGGUCUACGGCGAGGGAAUGCAUUUAAUUGGCCGAAUUUCGACAAUUUGUGAUUCUCAUAAAUGAUUAAUGGUGCUUAACAAGCCUCCGUCGACGACGUUGACGAUUGCCGAACUGUGCGGGAGACAGUGCCAAAGUGUUUGUUGGGGGCUGUUUGAGUUGAACGAUACGAUUUUCCGAUACGGUUAAAAUUGAUUUGUAAGAUUGCCCACACGCAGUGAGAAAUCGGACGGUCGACCGUCGAAAGUUAAUUGAUGCGCGGGCUCCGUAGUGACAGAAACAGUGAUCUUUGAAAAGCAAUUAAAACUGAAGAAUUUGCGCAAAAUUUGCGACCUAGGGGGUUGUGACAUCUGACGUUCUCUUGUUUCGAGUGACACAGAUCUUAGCGGGGGUGAAUCCAACUUGAAGCGAUAACUGCAACGCGACCCAUGUGCAACACGCAGUGUGCAUCCGAUGCUCAUUCUCCGCACGAGUCGGUUCAAUGUGGCAAACAAUCGAUCAUCAGCCAACGGAUCGAUGAUCGUAGCUCGUUGAACCUCGGAAUAGGGCCCGGAGGUCGCCGCCGAUCGUCGUCGAUCCAUGGCGCGGGAUCGAUCAGCGGCGUGAGCCGGAUCGGCGGGGGCAGCAACAUCAUCAACGAUCGGGACAAUCUGGACAUCAGCGGGGUGGCGAACAAUCUGCGUGACUUGCGUGGGAGUACCGCUGCCGGUGGCGGUGGUAGUGGGGGUAGUGGCGGAAGCCAUGUCAGCCGCCGAGGGAGUAGCAACUGCGUCCAGGCGCAGAUCGAACGGAUGUUCAACGAUGUGGCCAAGGAGCAUGGUGGAGCGGAGAAACCGGGCGGAGUAGCGGCUGAAGCUGCAGCUGCGGCACCGCCCGCCAAUGGGCAAACGUUUUCGGUGCGAUGUCUCGGCUCGCUGCCGCUGAAGGAUAAGGUCACCAGCCUGGUGGGCCUGCAGGAGCCGCUGUGGCAGCUGUACCUGAGUGGUGCUGGACAUGGGAACCAAAACGCCGGUACACUGGACAUCAGCCCCAUUGGCCUGCGAGUGAAAAGCUCCAACGGACGGGAACCGUUCCUGACGCCGUUCCAGAACAUUGCCGUUUGGUCCGCCGUCAAGUUCGUCGUGUCACCCGCCGAGGGUGGCGCUGCCUUCCUUCCGCUGAUCACCGAUCCCGAGAACAUUGACAAACGAGCGCUUUUCCGACCUCUAAGCAGUGCCGCGGACAAGCGUCGACUGUCAUCCGGGCUCCACUCGCCGCUGUUUGCUAUUGUGAUGCGCUCCAGUGCGGUACCCCGGCAGCUGGAAUGCCACGGGUUCGUCUGCCAAACGCCGGAGGAUGCAAUUGUUAUCGCUGCUACGCUUUAUCAGAGCCUGAUGGCCCAUAUGGGCAGUGGGGAGAACCAACGACCCCGAAGACCCAAGAACCGCAACGGAGUCAGCUGCAUGAGUAUCGCCAGCAGUGCCGCUACGACCAACGUUCACAUUCAACCUGGCUCUGCCAAACUAUCGUCCCGGCGUUCCAGUGCCAGUCAACGAAGUCUUCUGCCACCACCACCGAGGCCACCUCGGAAAACGAAACGAACAGCCACCAGUUCGCUGAGCGGCGAAAGCGACACCAUGACCGGUGCCAACGAAGAAUCCUCCACCGAGGAACGCAAGAAACGAUCGCCGAAGGGCAAACGACCACCUCCGUUGCCGGCAAAUCCACCACGGGCAGUAUCAAAUCGCCCCUCCCUGGAUGCGAUCUACACCGACCACAGUCACUCGAAUGAUGACAACAACUCUCUCUCCAAAGGAGGUGAAGGCAACUAUCCGGCCCUGUCGGAGAAUUCGGCCGGGGACAUCCUGACGCGGGUGGCCAUCCCGCGGUCUGGCAGUUUCCUCAAUACGGCCGGCCUUACACGGUACAAAUCACGAGCUACCCGACGGCACACCGGCAAGGUGGGCGGAGGUGGUGGCUCGCCGCUGGGCUUUUCCGAACUGUUCAACGAAUUCCGGCUGCAGGAGAACCUGCACUCGCUGGACGAUAUUCUCAAUGCCAUAAUCAACUCGGACGGAAUGUCGUUCAACGAUCUGAAACCGAUCUACAAGGAGUUUCUGCUCAAGCUGGCCGUCACGCUGACCAAGGACGAGCUGUACCAGCGCUCGAAGAGCAUCAUGCGCCGGCAGAAGAAGAAAAAGUUAAAGCGGAAGAACAGUAAUGCGCAGAGUCAACGCCGCAAGCUGCUGAUCGGCGCCAAGGGCCUGAAGAAGGUGUUUCGCUUUGGGAAGUUUCGGAACAAGAAGUCCCUCGGCCGAUCGGGAAGUUUCAGUAAAAGCAACAGCGGCAGCAACAGUGGCCGAAGCCAGGGCAGCCAGGGCGAAUCGAACGGCAGCUUCAUCGACGACGGGGACUCGACGACGGCAUGCCGCCGAUCGGUCCCGGUCCACCACGGAAAGUCCUCCAAACACCAGCACCAUCACCAGGGGAGCGGCGCCCACUCCGACCAACUGUCACUGGAUUUUAAGACGGCCGAUAAGAAGGAUCGAUCAAGAAUUGGAACAAGUGGUUCUGAAGUUUCAGAUGCUCGACAUGAGCAUACGCUGACGGCGCACCAUAAUAGGAACAGUUCGAGCGGAUAUGUAUCGUGUUCGGAGUGCAGCUACGAUUCGGACGCGUGCACGUGCACGUCGGCCGAUCGGUGCUACUGUAGUCUAGGCGGAGAUGACAUCAACGCCAAGCUGAACGAAGCGAGCAACCGGAGUUCGCUGCCGAGCUGCAAGAGCGAUGAGAAGUGCUACUGUUCGAUGGGUGAAACGCAAGGAGAAGACGAAGGAUCUACGACAUGGUGCGAUACGGAUAGCUGCAUAAGCCAUGAGAAGUGUUACUGCCCCACUCGUUUGCAGGGUCAGGUUCAAAAGUGUGCCAACAAACCAUCCGGAGGUAAGAACGGAACCGACAAACUGGGCUUGGAUUACGAACUGUUCACUGUAGGUGGCAAUGGACGAGCGAUCAAGGCGUCGGAAGCGCUCAGCGUGAAGAAGACAGUAGAGGUGGCAGCAGUGUUUGCAGACGUCAAACUGAGUCAAACAACAGAUAUCACAAAUUUGAAGAACGAUCAACAGCAACAGGAACAGCAGAAGAAGCAGCAACAGCCACAUCAGCACAAAGAAUCGUCCAUCAAGAAACACGCCACGAAGGGUGAUCAUCACGGUCACAAUCAUCACCACACGCACAAUCACAGCGGUGGUAGUAACAACAGCAACAGCACGCACAGACGCCACGGCGACGGAAAACAUGUACAUAAGCCCAUCCACAAACUGCUGAACAAGAAAGCCCUGGCGGAACCGAUUGCGCACAACGAGUACCACUACAUUCAGUCCUCCCAGACUGAUAUGGCAACGAGGAAGCAGCUCGGUGGUGACAAGCGUUCGUCCAAGCGGUCCAACUCGACCAAGUCGGACAAUGUGUACCAGGCGAUGACGCCUCGAACCGCGCAGCAUGGUCCUUCGUUGGAGGACUCCCUAGGUUAUCUGCCGUAGGAUUUUGUAGUUGUUAGAUAUCUGAAGGGGAUUUUUCUUAUGUCGGACAGUAAUGGAGCUCACACAAACUGGUUGAAAUUGCGUGAAACACGAUAGUCGGCGAUUUUUCGUGUG